AUGGAGGCGGUUGUAUUGAGAAUGUGGGAGGCGGACGUUGAGACUGAUGUUGCCGGACAGCCGGUAAAGAAGAGAACGUUCAAGAAGUUCAGCUACAGAGGCACUGAUCUCGAUGCGCUCCUCGACAUAUCUACCGAAGAACUUGUCAAGCUCUUUCCUGCUCGUCCCCGCAGAAGGUUGGCAGCUGUUUGUUUUAAGGGAAAAGGGCAUGAGAUUCCACAGGACAUGGAUCCUCAGAUUGCAGCUAUUAUUGUAUAUUGCUGGGCCAAAUGA